CGCUGGACUCGUAAAUCCGGCAAAUUCUCGUGUUUUCGGUGCUAAUAAGUGAUGAUUUGCAGUCGAAUCGAACACACCCAUGAAGACGUUAGCCAUGAGUGCCAGCGAAAACUGUCCAAACGAUCUAAAUAAAUCAAAAACCAUUCAACUUAACUUCUAUAUGACAAACAACUGCCAAAAUCCGUAAAUUUUUGGGUCCAAAAUGGAAUCAAUGCUGCAAAGACAUUGCGCGCGAUACAUCUACGUUAUUCCAGAUGGACUUCGGGAGUUGAUGAGCGACAUAUCACGCGAAGUCUUACGAAGUCAGCCUGAGGACGUGUACACUUUUGUAGCAGACUAUCUGGACGCCUUAAUGAUUACAAGAGAAAAUGCUCGAGUUGCAGCGCGAUUGGUGGAAAGUCUCACGGAAAUGGCCACAACAACGGCGAUUUUCCUGGAAGAAACUGGCAUGCCAAGGGACGAAAUCGACAACAUUGUGUCGGCCAUUCAAAGGACUUUCAAGAGAAGCAUCGAUUCCGAAGAAAACCGAGAAGUGGAAGGUGAAGACACUGAAGAACACAAUGUAGUGGCUGGUAUAUUGACUGAGAUUCAACUGGCUCCGGAACAGGCCGAAAUUGCGGCCAUCGUGAUCCAACAGGCGUAUAGAAGAUUCAAGGAGCGCAAAGAACGGGAGAAACUGCUUCUAGCCGGCAUGGUGGACUGGCGAGUUGCUGCUAGAAGUGCAAUUCACCUCUACAGGAAAACCGGAGUGACCAAUGAAGAAGCUAAUAGGGCGGCCACCUUGAUUAAGUCGGCCUAUAAGGGCUACUACACGCGUAAAAUAAUGAAGAAAAUGGCAGAUGACAAUCGGGAAGAUUUCGUGCAGGAUAUUGAGUUCGAGAAUGCUGCUUACCUCGAAGAUCUAGACGAAGGCGAAUUUGAAGAACCAUCGGAAAAUGGGGAGCAGGAGGACAAUGAUAGGCAGAAGGCGGUUACUAUCGAUUAUAAUACGGUGAUUCCGCACGUGGAUUUCGAUACCAGCGGCAAUGAUUUGGGGGUUUCAGCUGCGCCAAAAAUAUCUACAACCAGCAGCAUUGCUAAAUAUUCACUUAGGUACAUUUUCGAUGCAGCCUUGGAUAGAAUUGGCUCGAAUGUGAAGCGCUCGACAAUAGUGGAGAAGAAUGAGAAUCCCACGGAUUUAUCUGAAGAUGAUUUUCCAAAAACAGAUUCUGAUGGAGUGGACUGAACUAAUGAACUAAAGCUUCUGGUGUGUGCGAUGCUAAUUAAAAUUUAAUAAACAAUUAACAAAUUAA